GUUUGUUGGUCCGUGUCACACAGAAAGCCGGCGGAUCUGCAGGAUCUCGCUCCAGGAACCAACCCUCCAUUCAUGACCUUCAACGGAGAGGUGCUGGUGGACGUCAACAAGAUCGAGGAGUUUCUCGAGGAACGACUGGUCCCACCACGAUACCCAAAGUUGGCAGCAAAGCAUCCAGAAUCCAACACAGCAGGAAUAGAUGUAUUUGCCAAGUUUUCUGCCUACAUCAAGAACCCUCGUAAAGAAGCUAAUGAGGGUCUGGAGAAAGCUCUUCUGAAGUCUCUGAAGAGGUUGGAUGAGUAUUUGCAGAUGCCGCUGGCCGAGGAGAUAGAUGCCAACAGCGUAGAUGAUCCCGGUGUGUCCACACGCAGUUUUCUGGAUGGACCGGACCUCACGCUCGCCGACUGCAACCUGCUGCCCAAACUACACAUCAUUAGGGUAUUUCCUUUCCUUCAUGUGCCAUCUCUCAUUCUAUGACUUUGCCUGCCUUUUUGUGUAUAAAAUAAAUAUUGAAAUAUG